CUGGGUGAGUUUAUAGUUGUUCGUGUCUAAGACAGAAGAGAGUUAUAAACUGCGAGUCUCGCAUACAGCUGUGCCCCGACUGGCACUUCAGCGUGGGAGUAUGUCUGAGCCAGUCGAAGCAUGGCCACGUGUGUCCGGGGAUAUGUGUGUGUCAGAUUGUCACUGUGUGAUCCUGAACCUGGGGUCUCUCCACUAUACAGGGCAGCAGCCAGGUGGGACGAUGUGUGAAGGCCCAUCACGGAUCUCUGGACCGAUCCCUCCCGAUCCCACCCUCUUCCCUGAGUUUUACAGACGUCCGGCCUCUGCGCGAGGCAGGCUAGAGGGGAAUGACCUGAAGUUGACCUUUCUGUCCGGCCCUCUAGCCCCUGACCCUUCGCUGCACCCUGGCUGCUACAGCGCACGCCCCCCUCCUCCCCCCCGAGUGCACCCCAACGCCAUGCACAUCCUCGAGAGGGGUCAGCGAGGGGUCGUUGGAAAUCUGCUGCAGCUGGAAGGGGUCUCUCUGCACCCAGAUCCCCCAAAACACAAGAAGGAGCCGCGGGAUCACGGCAAGGAGAACGUGCGGCGACUGCGCGAGAUCCAGCGCCGCUGCCGGGAGCGAGAGGCCGAGAAGGAGGGCGCCCGGCCUGUGCCCGUCAAGGCGCUGUGGAGGUCCCCAAAAUACGAGGCAGUGCCGUCCAAGGUCAUGACCCAGCUGCAGGAGACGACGCCCCCCAAGAGGUCCGAGUGCCAGAACUUCCUGAAGGCUCACUCGCGCUGUGGAAGUGCAGGAGCCCCACGGCGCAGCCCCUCCCCUGGGCCCCCCACCCUUGACGCGGAUGCAGAGAUGCAGGUGCGCGGCAGGGCGGUGGACUUUGUGAGGCACAACGCGCGUGCGGCGACCCAGGCCUGCCUGCGGCGCUCCCGCUCCCUGCAGGCGCUGAACCAAACCCUGGAGCAGCAGAGGAAAGAGAGGGAGGAGUACGACAGCCAUCAGCGAGGACACGUCCCGCAGUAUCUGCAGGAGCGGAAGGAGAAGUGGCGCCGGGAGGCCGAGGAGAGGCGGAGGAAUGCGCCUGACCCCUCGGUUCCCCUGGGACACACACAGCUGCCAGAGAAAGAGAGGCAGGAGACCCUGGAUUCCCUCAAACAGACUCAGCGCUCUCUUGUGAAGGAGCUGCUGUCUCUCCCAGUGCGUGCCGACACCCUCAGUGUGCAGACACGGCGCACCGAGCUCGACAGGAAGCUGUCCGAGGUGGAGGAAGCCAUCAAAAUCUUCUCUCGGCCCAAAGUCUACAUCCGGGUUGACACCUAAUCCUGGGAGGGCAGGAGAGACCAGGAGACCCCGAUGUCGGUAUACUCAGGAUAAAGCUGGGCAGGCAGCUCUACUGGGUCUUUGUGCCCAGGGGGCACCCCAAAACAUGAAAGAGCAGGACAUUUACUGGGUGAAUAAUAUAUUUACAAGUUUGUGUAAAUUAACUAUUGGCAGAAAUUGGUUUAAAAGUGUGGAUUUGAUUAAAAAAUGCCAGCAAACAGGUGGCGAUGAGAACCCCAGAAUUCCUCUCGAAAAGCCUAGUAAAAUUGGCAAGACUCACCCAGCAACACCCUUGUUAUCAAGGCAGUGUGUGUAAUGGAAAUGUCCUCAAGAGCAGGAAGGAUAUACGGUUACAUUUUCCUACCUGUUACUACAGCAGUUUAAGAAGCACAUAUUUAACACCCUAUAUGGUGUUCUGGAUAUGGAGAAGAUACAGAUAACACGAAUCAUAUUUAGCACCCUGUAAGAUUUCUUGCUGUAAAGAGUGAGGUCAGUCUCACUUCAUUUUCUAAAUAUGUUUUACUUUUACUCCCAGUAUGGCCUUUGACCCCCUUUGCAAAAGCAAGUGUGUCUGUGGAUGUGUAGUUUUUAUUUUGAAAUAAUUUCCAAAUAUACACAACAUUAAGCAUUAUUCACAGUUCAGAUGUGAACUGUAGUCACGUGUUAUCCUGUAUAUAUCCAUUUUAUUAGCAAAGUAUAACUGGAAGUAUUUUUAAGCGCAUUAUUGUAUAAAAACUAUAUACAGUAAAUACUGUACAUGAACCCACACAGUUGAAAUGCUAUUAAAAGGCUGUUGUAUGUUUCCAUUAA